CAUAUAUAUAAACCGAUUCUCAAAGGAACUUAAAUCCCAAUAAAAAAAGAAAACCAAAAAAAAAAACAUAAACAUAUAAAAAAAGUAAUAAAGGAAAAAAAAACUAAAAAAAUGGCAAGAAUUUCAUUAGUAUUAGGUCUUUUGUUACUAGUAGCAUUAAGUGAGGUAUACGAAGUGCAAGGUACCUUCUUAUUGAGGCAUUACUUAAGAAAAAUGUCCAGAAGGAACAGAGACUUUCGACCAUUCGCUUGUAGAGGUAUGUUGAAGUUCGUGAACCUUUUGGAGCUUAGGUGUCCAUUGAAGCCACGGUACAAGAGCUUCUUCGGUAACCUAAGGUCUUACGUGAAAUUCAUAAACUCGGCGUCCGGGUCGAAAAACUAUGACUCCGAACUGAAAGGGAAAGCCCAGGGCCUCUUGUCAGCUAUUUCCUCAAUGAAUGGCAAAAGCGGCUCAUCGGAUGAUUCCAACAAGGUUAUGGAAACAUUAUUGUCAAUGGGUAAGACUUUGGGCCAUCAGCAAGAGAGCACUACAACAAUGUCGCUCACACAAAGGAAAGAGUUGAUCAUGUCUAUGGCACAAUGGGCUAAAACAAUUGGUCAAUUCGUUGUGACUACCGCAGCAAAGAGCGGAAGCAAAAUUGAUAUGUCAUCCAUAGGACUUGAUGGCAUUGAUUCGAGCGAGACGACCGAGUCUCAAGAUUCCACUACCAGUACUGAAAACACUUCCACCGGAGGCACUACCAAAACUCAAGGCACUAGUACCACAACUGGAGGAGACUCUACGACCACUGGAAGUGCUCCAAGUGAAGAUACCCCCACUACUGAUACCCCAACUACUGAUAGUCCAACUAGUGGUUGCACCAGCCCCAAAAAUGAUUGUCCUAAUGGUGGUACAACCAUUAAAGGUUCUGUGAACUUUCAACAUUCUGGUAAGGCAACCCAGUCUAGACAGACCAUAUCAUCCCAAACCCAACAAGGCGUAACCACUGCUGGCUCUAACUAGAGAAUGGUCGACCUAGCAUAUAUAUAUAUAUCUAUAUAUAUUUAUAAACGUAUUAAUACUAUUUAAAUAAGAAGAUGGCCCUGCUAAAGAUAUUAAAGCAGUGAGCUGUAGAAAUGUUUGGCUCUAUUUAAAGCCUGUUUUUUGAUGAUAUAUGAUAUGUUUUAUUUUAA